ACGUAAUUCUCCGCGAGUGUGUUGUGGGCCUUAUUUUUUAUUGAUUUUACUGGUGUGUGAAAAUGUUGCGACUUUGUGUUUCGUUAGUGAUCCUGGGGUGCACUUUGGCUAGGCCUCAGCAUCAGUACCAACAACAGGGCGUAGAAGGCAUCCCCCCUCACCUACUGAGACAGUACAUCGGACAACAGCAGCAAGCGCAACAGACGCAGGUCAUCCCCCGCCCUGCCGCCGCCGCCCCCGCUAGACUGCCCUACUCAGCCCAGAGCGAAGGUCAAUACCAACACCAGUACCAACCACAGCCCCAGUACCAGGCCCAGCCAGCUCCGCAGCCUCAGCCCCAGCCCCAGUACAGGCCUCAGUACCAGCCGCAGAGGCAGCAAGAGCAGCGCGAACCCGAGGACUUUGACCCUCAUCCUUCCUACCAAUUCGGCUUCGACGUGAACGACGACCAGUACACCAACUACCAGAACCGCAAGGAGCAGAGAGACGGUGACGUCAUCAAGGGCUCCUACUCCGUCGUCGACAGCGAUGGCUUCGUCAGAACCGUCACCUACACCGCUGACCCUAAAGAGGGUUUCAGGGCUGAGGUCUCCAGGCAGCCCACCGACAUUGUCGUCAAGAUCCCGACUCCCAAGCCCCAGUUCCAGCAACCCCAGGUCCACCAGCCGCAGGUCCAUCAACCGCAGCCGCAACACCAGCCCCAGCAAGCCCACAGGCAGCAUGCCCCUCCCCAGUACUACCGAUAUGAACAGCAAUAAAACUAAGUCCAGGAAAGGCGGAUCCGGAGAGAGAAGUCUGGGAGUAAUAAGAUUACGCAAAACUUAACUUUCAAAUCUAUUCGCGGUGAUAAUUUAGGGUCAAUUUCAUCGAUUCUUGAUAAAGUUCUAACUUAAAAACGCUAUCAAACAAAAAGGUUACUGGUUAACCAGUGAUUUUCUGCCAUUCGAGAUUUGUUAAAUCAAAAGUCAUUCUUAAUCUUAUUCAAGGACUUUACCAGAAAGUGGUGUAACAAGCCCCUAUACUUUAAGCUAAAUUUUACGUAUAUUGAAACGGACUAAUUUCGAAAAACAGUCAUCAGUCAAAAAUGGCAUUAGGUAAAUUUCCUUUCUCUGGAUCCACCGCAAAGUCAAAAAAAUAAUAUUGAUUGUAAUCUAGAAUUUUUUACUUGUCCUGUAUCUAGUCCUGGAUCUUACUUUUUCUUGAGUACUCAUUUAAAUGUUUCAUCUUUCUCCUUUACAUCUACAUAAUGUACUUCCAAAAGUCCUAGGCUCUUGGUUUUGGUAUUAACACUAUUAGCUUCUUCUAGAAUACAAUCAUUAGUGUUUAUUAUAUUUUUGUUAGCUUGCAUAUCUAACUGUUCCUCAGUCUUAUUUAAAUUCUUAGUUGUGAUUAUUCCACAACUUUAUCAUUAAGAUUACUUAAGUCGUUAAAUUUAGUGGUCAUUUUACCAUCGUUUUAUUUUGAUACACAAUUUAACCAACGGCAGAUUUUUGUUACUUUUGAUAAUUUUAUAUUAAAAUCUUGAAAUUUCUGAAAAAAUAACUUUGUGAUAAUGAUCGGUGAAAGUGAGUGUUAUAGAUGGUAAUUAGAUUUAAGUAAUAUGUUUGUAAAUAGAUAGAAAUAAAUUUUCUACCGACUGCAAA